AUGCAGCUUCUGACGUUUGACGCUUCUUACAGUGUACGCUUCCUGUCCAACCUACCGAGUAUGACAAAUACGAGAGAGGAUCGUCGCCUGCCCCCGCUUCCAUGCGUGAAGCCCUUGCCCCGCGGACCCUUAGACCCCUCCAAUGCCAACGCCAAUGCCACCAGCGCUUCAAGAACUCAGCUCACCUGCCCCGUUAGAUCAACAUGUUCGGGGGCUGAAGAGCGUGUUGUGGUCAAUGAAUCAUCGGCAACCUCAGCGGAGAGUUCCUUGCCAGAACCCGACGAGUCUCAGAAGGCGUUCAUGUGGCCGCAAGAUCUUUCCUCUCCUCAAAUUCUAAAUUUCAUCGCCCCCACAAACAUCAACCGCAAGCCGCCGUUGCAGCAGCAGUGCGGGCGGAAGCGCAAGGCCAGCAUGGCUCCAGCAGGUUUAGACAACCAGAGGGAAAGGCACAGAAUUGCAGAGGGAAACCGACGAAAGAACCUCAGCCAGCUGCACCGUGAGCUGGACAGCCGCAUUCAUGAUUACUUCCUGGAGCAAGCUGGUUGGAACCCUUCCAAGGGCCUACCGGAGUCCAAGGAACAAAUUGUUCAGGCUGCCAUCUUUCUCAUUGACUACAUGGUCUCGAUCAUCAUGACCUUACUUCGCCAAGAGAACCAGAUGCCACGCCAGCUGUCGGAGUACCUGACACCCCAGAUGCGCUGCAUGCAGCUGCAGCAGCUGGUGUUUAGCCUUCGGAAGCAGAAUCAGAUUUUCCAGCAGCAGCUCAGAAGACUUCAGGAGGAAAACCAGACGUUGGUGGAGCGUAAAAAGGCGCUCGAGCUUCAGCUAAAUUUGUUGCGACCACGCAAGAGCGAACCUUUGACUUAUUAG